AAUGAAUCUGCUGGUCAAAACAAAGUUCACCUCAGAGACCCGUCAUACCCGCCGGUCGUGUCAACCGUACUUUGCCCAAUUUCGACUUUCGAGAGUGUGGUGUGGCACUACUGCGACGGGGGACUGGCAGAAAAAGUGAAAUCGAAUGGAAUAAACUACUCCUCCCUCCCUCUUAGUACUAAACACACUAUAUUCAAUUUCAAAUUUGGCCAACAUUCAGAUCUAUCUCAUUUGGAUUUUUCUCAAGCAUAGAACAUGCCUCUUACAGACACUGAUUUCGACCUCAGACGUGCAUCUACUCCACCUAGCGGCAUGGGAAUCAGUGAAUAUAACUUUGCAGAUAUCAACAAUUUGGAGCACUGUGCUAAGUAUCUCAACCAAACACUGGUCACCUUUGGAUUUCCUGCUUCCCUCGAUCUCUUUGCACAUGACCCAGUUUCCAUUGCAAGGACUUGCAAUUGUGUAUAUGCACUAUUACAGCAGAGGCAGAGGGAUAUUGAAUUCAGGGAGUCUGCAAAUGAGCAGAGACAGCGGCUAUUAUCAGACAUAUCAAGAUUAGAAGCCAAAGUGGAGAGGAUGGAAUCUCAAUUACUAGCCAAAGAUAGAGAGAUAGCUACAAUUACUAGAGAGGAAGCUAAAGCUACUGCAGCAUUGAAGGCACAAAUUGACAAGUUGCAGAAGGAAAGAGAUGAGUUUCAGAGGAUGGUUCUUGGCAAUCAGCAAGUCAGAACUCAACAGAUAUAUGAAAUGAAGAAAAAGGAAAAGGAGUAUAUAAAGUUGCAGGAGAGGCUAAAUCAAGUGAUGAUGGAGAAAAAGAAGGAAUCCAGAUCAGGCAUGGAAAUAAUGAAUUUACUCCAGAAAGAAGGGCGUCAACGUGGGACAUGGAAUGGGAAGAAGGCUGACAACGACUUCUACAAGAAGAUUGUGGAUGCCUAUGAAGCUAAAAAUCAAGAACUAGCUGCAGAAAAUGCUGAUUUGAGGGCAUUAUUGCGAUCAAUGCAGGCUGACAUGCGUGAGUUCUUAAAUGCCCCAAAUGGGUCUUCGAGGCAAUCAGCUUCAAUCAAUGAGAGGCUAGACACAGAUCACUUGCAGUCCCCGUUGGGUGGUAGAACGGAUGUUUUUGAUCUGCCUCUCCACAUGGCUAGGGAUCAAAUUGAAGAGAGUCUUCGUAACAAGGUGGCUUCUAUCAAGGAGCGAAUGGGUCAACUGCAAGAUGCACAAAAGGGUGCAGAAGUUACCUCAGAAGCAACAGAGAGAGAGCUUGAGCUAGAAGCUCAGCUUGUUGAAGCCAGGAGCAUAAUCCAAGAGCAGGCAUCGGUUAUGUCCAAACAUCUUGCGAAGUCUGAGAAGCCAAGGCGAUUGAGUGGCCAUAUGAAUUCCGAGAGGGACCUGCUUAUUUCAUCCUCUGCAGAGGGGUUGUGAAGUUUCCAACUUUGGACAAGCUUAAGUUUGGAUGUGAUCUUAAUUCUUCUUAAUGUUGAUAUAGAGGCAAUAUUUGCUGAUGUUAAUGAACUGCUAACACCAAGGCAAGUAAACGUACGUCUACUUCAUGGUCGCUGUGUUGGGUACUCCGAUGGAGCAGUAGGAUGAUGUCAUUUGUAGUUGGCAAUUCGUCCUUGUAAUAUUGUACGUCGUAUAGAUGACAGAUAUACUUUUUGUUUCCCGGAUACUAAUUCAACCUACCUUAUUUAUAUAUCUUAAUUUCUCCGUAA